CAAUGGGAGGUUGGGUGACUGUUGGCCUUGGGGUUUGUGGAAUUGUGGGGGGUGCUUCUUUCCAUGGCGGUAUUCCUGGUAUCGUGUUGGUGGGCAUGUUGGCAGGCCGGACGGUUAUCACCACGGCGGAGUGGUUGGGGUCAAAGGUUGGAAUUUGGGCGACGGGCGCUGUGAGACUCUGGAUGACGACAGGCGCUGGCUCGUUCUGGGCAGGAAGCAGGACUAUUCGCGUCUGGAAAACCGUCACUGUCUCCGUGGAGACGACAGGCGUUGAUUGAGUAAUCUGGUCAAUGACCAGUGGAUCGAUAUGGACACCCACGGGGUCAUUUGUCGAAUCUUGGUCCCGAGGAACCGAUGUUUGAGUUGGGCU